ACCAGUCGAUUUGCGAAUGCUGAAUAGACAAAACGUCUGUCACACACAUCGUUUGCUUAUCAAUAAGACAAUCUACAAGCAACUGCCUACAACAGCGAUUUCAGUUGGUGUGAUUAGCAAACCAGCAAUUGAAGGGAAUGGAAUCCGCGUCCAUUGUAAUUAUCGGAGCUGGCGCUGCCGGCAUAGCUGCUGCGACGCGCCUCUUACAAUUUGGAUUCCUGAACGUUUUAGUGCUUGAAGCUGAAAAUCGUUACGGUGGACGCAUACACACCAUACCUUUUGCGGAUAAUGUUGUCGAUCUGGGCGCACAAUGGUGUCACGGUGAGAAGGGUAAUGUCGUGUAUGAGUUGACGCGUGAUUUGGACAUGCUGGCCUCUGCACACGACCAACUUGGCGGCUAUAGCUUCGUGCGGUCGAACAGAGAGGUGAUCAACGGAACGCUGACUGCGAAAUUCAAAACUAUUGUAUCGAAUAUAGAAUCCAAGAUAUAUGAGGAAUUAGAAGAUUAUGAAGGUUCAUUGGGCACUUAUCUCACAGAAAGUUUUUGGAGUGAUUUAGGACCUUUAGGGAAGGAGGAUAAAACCGUAGCGCGGGAGUUUUUCGAGAACUACAAGAAAAUGCAGUGCUCAAUGGAUGGGUCGGAUCAUCUCUUCGAAGUAUCAGGCAAGGGACAACUCGAAUAUUGGGAUUGUGAAGGUGACCACAACCUCAACUGGAAAGAUAAAGGUUACCGCAGCUUCUUGCAGUUGCUAAUGAAGGCUGAUAGUAAUGACACGACGGACUUGGGUGUGCUUCGCAAACACACACGGUAUAACUCGCACGUUGAGAACAUCAAAUGGCAGACGCAGGAGGGAAAUGUGCGCAUACGCCUUUGGAAUGGCGAGCUAAUCGAGGCUGAUCAUGUCAUUUGCACCGCCUCACUAGGCGUACUUAAAGAGACUCAUCCAAAAUUGUUCACACCUCCACUACCGAACGCGAAGUGCCGUGCUAUUGACGGCCUCAAGUUGGGCACUGUCGAUAAAUUCUUUCUCGAAUUCAAAGAACCCUUCGCGCCUGCUAACGGUACAGGCUUUUCCCUGCUUUGGCGUGAAGAAGACCUGUUGGCGCUGCGCAACUCGGAGUACUUUUGGUUAGAAGGUCUUUUCGGCUUUUAUUGCGUCUCUUACCAACCACGUCUCCUGGAAGGCUGGAUUAUUGGUGCAUAUGCUCGUCACAUGGAAACAUUGACGGAAGCGGAGGUGAUUAAAGCAGUACUAUGGCUUUUCCGAAAAUUUUUCACAAACGAAGCGCCCACACCAGUGCGUUUCUUACGCACACGCUGGCACAGCAACCCGAAUUUCCGUGGCAGUUACUCCUUCCGUACAAUGUAUGCAGAAGAGCUGCGCAUAGGCAGCGCGGACUUAGCCACACCGCUUUUAGACGCGAAGGACGACCGACCAUUGCUGCAAUUCGCUGGCGAAGCAACAAGCACUCACCACUAUUCGACGGUGCAUGGCGCGGUGGAGAGCGGCUGGCGCGAGGCGCAACGUUUGCGUGAUUUUUAUCAGGCUCAUAAGGCACCGUUGUAAGGUCAUGAGGUGGUGAAAAAAUGGCACUCAAUUUGCGAGAGGGCGAUCUUGAAAAUGAUAGCAGCAGUAAGUGGAUUUUUCUAUAAUGUUUAUUUUGAACUAAAUAAGCUGAUAACGGUUUGUUGAUGAGUAGCUACUUUAUAUAUAAUAUUACAAGUGUUGUAAAUAUAUAAGAGUUUAUUUUAACA